AGCGGCCCAAGUAAACUCAGCGCGGCGAUCGGAGCCGGAGAUUCGCGAGCCGAGCGCCCCGCGCGGCCGCCCGCCGCUCUCUCCCGGCUUCCCGCUCCGCACCCGCGGCUCCAUCGCGGGGCCGCGCACGAGCCCGGCUCCGGGCAGGAAACAAUGAAGGGAGACAUCAGAUCUCUCAACGGAGAGGAGGACGCAAGCAGGAGGGAAGACUCCAUCAUCACAAAUGGGGCCUGCAGCGACCAGUCCUUAUACUCCAAGGAUGCCCCCUCACCCCCCAUCCUGGAGGCUAUCAGCACCCCGGAGAUCAGAGGCCGCCGUUCAAGCUCACGACUAUCCAAGAGGGAGGUCUCCAGCCUGCUAAGUUACACUCAGGAUCUGACGGGUGAAGGAGACGAAGGAGAAGAUGAAGAUGGCUCUGACACGCCCGUGAUGCCGAAACUCUUUCGUGAAACGAGGACUCGUUCAGAAAGCCCGGCUGUACGAACUCGAAAUAGCAACAGAUCCACCAGACAGGAGAGGCAAAGGCCUUCCCUGCGUUCUACCCGAGGCCGCCAGGGCCGAAAUCACGUGGAAGAGUCCCCAGUGGAGUCCCCGCCUACCAGGUCCCUAAGGCGCCGAUCUUCAUCCACGGCUACACCAUGGUCAUCCCCUGCCAGUCCCUACCUGACGGUUGACCUCACAGACGAAGAUGUGUUGCCACAGACAAGCAGUACCCCCUACGUCUGCUUGGUCCAGGACAGCCAGCUUGAAAACCUACAGUCGCCAAAGGUGGACGGAGAUGGAAGAGACGUAGAAGACGUGGAGUACCAGGAUGGAAAGGAGUUUAAAAUAGGAGACCUUGUAUGGGGAAAGAUCAAAGGAUUUUCCUGGUGGCCUGCCAUGGUGGUCUCAUGGAAGGUAACCUCCAAGCGCCAGGCCAUGGCUGGCAUGCGCUGGGUCCAGUGGUUUGGUGAUGGCAAAUUCUCAGAGAUCUCUGCAGAUAAGCUUGUAUCCCUGGGCCUUUUCAGCCAGCACUUUAAUCUAGCCACCUUCAACAAGUUGGUCUCCUACAGGAAAGCCAUGUAUCAUGCCCUGGAGAAAGCUAGAUCAAGAGCUAAAAAGACCUUCCCUGGUAGCUCUGGAGACUCCGUGGAGGAACAACUGAAGAACAUGCUCGAGUGGGCUCAUGGGGGCUUCAGGCCAAAUGGGAUUGAGGGACUCAAACCCAAUGCCAAGCAACCAGAGAAUAAGGGCCGAAGGCGAACCAGUGAUGAUGCUUCAGACAGCGGUGCCCCACCCAAACGCCUCAAGACAAAUUGCAAUAACAGCAGACGAGAGAACGAUCAGAGUAGAGAGCAAAUGGUUUCUGAUGUUAGCAACAACAAGACUACUUUGGAAGAUAACUGCUUGUCCUGUGGUAGGAAAAACCCAGUCUCCUUCCAUCCACUCUUUGAGGGUGGACUCUGCCAGAUGUGCCGGGACCGGUUCCUUGAGCUGUUCUACAUGUACGACGACGAUGGCUACCAGUCCUACUGCACAGUGUGCUGUGAGGGCCGAGAGCUGCUCCUCUGCAGCAACUCGAGUUGCUGCCGAUGCUUCUGCGUGGACUGCUUGGAAGUGCUGGUGGGCCCGGGCACGGCGGAAGAGGCCAAGCUGCAGGAGCCCUGGGGCUGCUACAUGUGUGUGCCGCAGCGCUGCCACGGUGUCCUCUAUCGCCGGAAGGACUGGAACACACGCCUGCAGUCCUUCUUCACCAGUGACGUCAACCGCCACUAUGAAGCUCCCAAGGUGUUCCCUGCCAUUCCUGCGGCCCAAAGGCAGCCCAUCCGAGUUCUUUCUCUGUUUGAUGGAAUUGCAACUGGUUACUUGGUCCUCAAAGAGUUGGGCUUCAAGGUAGAGAAAUAUGUGGCCUCCGAAGUGUGUGAAGAGUCCAUUGCUGUUGGGACCGUUAAGCAUGAGGGGGUUAUCAAAUACGUGAACGAUGUCAGGGACAUCACCAAGAAAAAUAUUGACGAGUGGGGCCCAUUUGACUUGGUGAUUGGUGGAAGCCCAUGCAAUGAUCUCUCAAAUGUGAACCCUGCCCGCAAAGGUCUAUACGAGGGUACUGGCAGACUUUUCUUCGAAUUCUACCAUCUGCUGAAUUAUGCACGACCCAAGGAAGGCGAUAAUCGACCAUUCUUCUGGAUGUUUGAGAAUGUUGUAGCCAUGAAAGUUGGUGAUAAGAGGGACAUCUCAAGAUUCCUAGAGUGUAACCCAGUGAUGAUCGAUGCCAUCAAAGUGUCUGCUGCUCACAGAGCCCGUUACUUCUGGGGCAACUUGCCAGGAAUGAACAGGCCCGUGAUAGCAUCAAAGAAUGAUAAACUCGAGCUGCAGGACUGCUUGGAGUUCAAUAGGACAGCAAAGUUAAAGAAAGUACAGACAAUAACUACCAAGUCGAACUCGAUCAGACAAGGGAAAAACCAACUUUUUCCCGUUGUCAUGAAUGGCAAAGAAGAUGUUUUGUGGUGCACUGAGCUGGAAAGGAUCUUCGGUUUCCCUGUACACUACACAGAUGUGUCCAACAUGGGCCGAGGUGCCCGCCAGAAGCUGCUUGGAAGAUCCUGGAGCGUUCCUGUCAUCAGACAUCUCUUCGCCCCCCUGAAGGACUACUUUGCCUGUGAAUAG